GCAACUUGGGGGAGGGGGAGCGUGAGUAAACUCUCGGCACGUGACAUUGGAAAUCAGGUGGUUGGCCAGCCUACGCGCAGGAGCUGUGAUUGGCUGACUGUAAUACGAACGACGCCACUAGAGGCGGGCCAAAGACCGGCGCAGGCGCAGAGCGUUGCGAGCCUCGGGACCCCAGUGGCGGAGACUAUGGCGCUCAACAAGAAUCACUCAGAGGGUGGCGGAGUGAUCGUCAACAACAGUGAGAGCAUCCUAAUGUCCUACGAUCAUGUGGAGCUUACAUUCAAUGACAUGAAGAAUGUGCCAGAGGCCUUCAAAGGGACCAAGAAAGGCACCAUCUACCUUACCCCAUACCGGGUCAUCUUUCUGUCCAAGGGGAAGGAUGCCAUGCAGUCCUUCAUGAUGCCCUUUUAUCUGAUGAAGGACUGUGAGAUCAAGCAGCCGGUGUUCGGGGCGAACUUCAUUAAGGGGACCGUGAAGGCUGAAGCGGGAGGUGGCUGGGAAGGCUCUGCUUCCUACAAGUUGACCUUCACAGCAGGGGGCGCCAUCGAGUUUGGGCAGCGGAUGCUCCAGGUGGCAUCUCAAGCCUCCAGAGGUGAAGCCCCUAAUGGAGCCUAUGGGUACCCUUACAUGCCCAGCGGGGCCUAUGUCUUUCCCCCACCAGUCGCCAAUGGAAUGUACCCCUGCCCUCCUGGCUACCCCUAUCCACCGCCCCCACCUGAGUUCUAUCCAGGACCUCCCAUGAUGGAUGGGGCCAUGGGAUACGUACAGCCACCACCACCACCCUAUCCUGGGCCCAUGGAGCCUCCGGUCAGCGGCCCCAGUGCCCCCUCCACUCCUGCAGCCGAGGCCAAGGCCGCAGAAGCAGCUGCCAGCGCUUAUUACAACCCAGGCAACCCACACAAUGUCUACAUGCCCACGGUGAGUGGGAGCCAGCCUCCCCCGCCACCCUACUACCCCCCGGAAGACAAGAAGACCCAGUAGACCCUGCUCACCUCCCUGCCUCUUGUGGAUGACCCCUUCCUGGGCCUCCCAUGGAGCUGCAUCUGGGACUCUGGGAGGCCAGGGAGGGCCUGUUCUUCCCCAGGCCUGAUUAUAAACAGUUAGCAGGAACUAGCCCUGACGGAAGGGUGGGGCUCCGGGCCUCCGAGAGGAGCCUCCCAGCUUCCCACACUAGCUCAGCCCGUGGCGCUGCUCAUCUAGCUUCCCUCUCACCACCUCUGGGGCUCUCAGGAGCGCGGGAUGACCCCUUGUUCCUCUCUGUAGUAGCUCCUCCCCACAGAGGGACUCUCUAGCCACUCCUCCACCACACCCAGCCCCUCAGCCUGAUGGCCACUGAACUCCAUCUUGGGGGCUUAUCCGACCAGCCUUGUGUCUCCCCCUCCGGCUCUGCCAGGCCAUGAUCACAUUCCUUCCCCUGGUGUGGCCUGACCCUGGAAGGCCGCUGUCCCAGCAGAUGCUGAGUCCACAUUCCCUUUGGCCAGGCGCUGGCCUCAGUCACACCCACCCUGCCUGCCACACUAGCCUGCUUCCUUCUGUUGCCUCUGGCUUUGGGAAUUUUACCCUGAGCCUCCAGCAGUUGGUGGCUUCAGAAGCAAAGGCACUGUGGCCAGGAGGAAGCCCCCUCUAGUGUUUCUGGGAAUGAUUUCCCCUCCUCUCCCCGCCCCUUACAAGGGGCUUCUUCACAGGAGCAUUAGAGAAUGCAUGUCUGUCCGAUCGGUCCCUUUGGUCUGGGAAGGAGCACCUCCAACCAUGUGACCUGUAAGCUGCCAUCUGCCCCUGGAAGCUUCACACCCCCUGGAAGCAUUAAGAUUUGCUCUUGAUGUUCCUGGACGCAAAUUGAGGAGAUGGUUAUUUAAAGAGAAUUCCCUAUUUAUUUGACACAAAAAAAUCCAGUAAUAUAUUAAUGUGAAAUAAACCCUGUUUGCACCUUGAUUUGUUUGCUACAACUGUGAAAUAGUAAAAUGAAGUAACUGGA